AUGGGUACUGAUGCUGCUGAAGGGGUGGAGACUGUGAGAAAACCUCAUUCCUUUAAGGUUCAUCGUUUGAUGUGCACGGAACUUAUGAAGUUGGUAGAUAGAAUUUCGCGGAUAUUUCCAGAUAUAGAAGCAGCAAGACCUCGGUGCACAACGGGAAUACAGGCUCUAUGCUUGUUAACUCGCGCAAUUGAGAAAGCCAAGCUACUUCUCCAGCAUUGCAGCGAUUCUAGUAAACUCUACCUGGCAUUUACAGGGGAUGUGAUAGUCUCAAGAUGUCAAAGAUCAAGGAACUUGUUGGAGCAAAAUUUACGCGAAAUUCAGAAUUGGGUUCCAGUGAUGUUAGUAGCGGAGAUCUCUCAAAUAGUCGAUGAUCUUAAAGGUGCAACCUUUAUACUGGACCCAUCCGAAGAAGAGGCUGGGAGGGUUGUCCAUGGAUUGCUCCAUCAAGAUGCUUCUCAAUCAAACUCAAGGGAGGAUUCUGAAAUCAAGGCUCUUCAAAUUGCAUCUUGGAGGCUUCAUAUUACAUCAUCAAAGGCAAUGUUGAUAGAGAAAAGAUCUAUUAAGAAGUUGCUAGAUAAAGUUGGUGAUAGUGACCUUCCAAAAAAGCAGAUUUUGACAUAUUUCUUGUAUCUAAUCAAGAAGUAUGGACACUUAAUAAUGGGGAAGCAAGCAGAGGGGGCCUCUAUGUGGCAACAAGGAUCCUUGUUAUCUGAGACUUCUGGCAAUGGUUUGGAAUAUAAUCAAUAUGCUGAAGCUGAACCUCAUGUUAAAUAUAAUCAAUAUAAUCGAAGUGACAUGUUGCAUAGAACUGUACCUCCUGAGGAAUUUUUAUGCGGAAUAUCUUCCAGAUUGAUGUAUGAUCCUGUUGUUAUUGCUUCUGGACAAACAUACGAAAAGAAGUGGAUACAGAAGUGGUUUGAUGAGGGUCAUGACACAUGCCCAAAAACUCAUAUGAAGCUCACCCACCUGUCAUUUACUCCAAACGUUGCCAUGAAGGAGUUAAUAUCAAGGUGGUGUACAGAGUAUGGAGUGACCAUUCCCGACCCAAGUAUGCAACCAGAAACCCUCUCAUGGGAAACCUCCUCCACUUCCAUUGCUAGUUUGGGCAGUUCUAUGAAUGAUAUACAUCUGCAAAUGGAUCUCAGCAAUGUAUCAUUUGGAUCCUUAGAUACUAGUUACAAUUCAGAUUCUUCACGCACAAAGAUAGAAAGUGGCUUGAGUUUGGUGCAGGAGUACGACGAUUCUCUGAAAUACGGGUAUGCUAAAAAUUGUGAGACAGAUUCGGAAUUUCUAUCUAAACUUGGUGAGCUCCCAUGGGAAUCCCAAUGCAAGGUUGUCAAAGAUGUCGAAAGCCAUUUGAAAUGCAAUCCUCAAGCUUCUUACUCUUUGUCAUGUAAGAAUUUUGUUGAACCUCUCAUCAAAUUUUUGAGGGAUGCCCAUGACCUGGAUGAUGUAAAAGCUCAGAGAGAUGGAUUUAAAUUAAUGUUCAACUUUGUGAGCAAAAACAGAAAUGAUAUACCGUACUUACGUGAAGAGGCAUAUACUCUGCUGGCAUCUUAUCUUGAUUCAGAGGUCAUAGAAGUUGUUCUUGCCAUAUUGGAAAUUGUGUCUGUCCAAGAGCAUUGCAGGUCUAAGAUCUCAGAGUCUGGUGCAAUUUCAUCCAUUCUAAAACUCCUUGAUUCCCAGAUCAAAGAUAUACAAGAAAAAGCCAUUAAGGUUUUGUAUAAUUUGUCCUUAAACAGAGACAUUUGUCCAAAAAUUGUAUCUUUGGAGUGCAUCCCAAAACUGGUUUCCUUCUUUAAAGAUGACGCUCUUGCAGGAAACUGCAUUUCCAUAUUGAAAAAUUUGUGUGAUACUGAAGAGGCCAGGAUUUCCAUUGCUGAAACUAGCGGAUGCAUUGCUUCUAUUGCUGAAGUACUUGAGACAGGCAGUAGUGAGGACCAAGAGCAUGCUGUUGCUAUCCUCCUUUCUUUAUGCUCUCAGCGUGUUGAAUUUUGUCACUUGGUCAUGCAUGAGGGUGUUAUCCCUCCUCUUGUCUUUUUAUCUAACAAUGGGAAAGAGAGAGCAAUGAUAAGUGCAUUGGAAGUGCUACGGCUCUUAAGAGAUAUCGAUUACGUUGAUGAGCAAGAAUGCUCUGGAUCUGACCUUGAUGCAUCUAAAGAUAAUGACAAUCACUCUGCUGGAAAGAAGUUGUCAAAGACAUCAGGAUUCUUUGGAAGGUCAAUGUUCAAGUUCCCAAAACCCAGUUCGCUUGCACCGAAAAAGAAGAAAUGA